UGUGUGUGUCUCCCGUCACUCCCGGGCCGGAACGCCGUGCGGUGCACCUGCAGCUCUUCUCCUCCUCCCUCAGUGUGUGAGAACCGGACACUGAACACAUACUGCGUUGUCCCCGGACCACACAUGGUGUCUUUUGUAGCAUCAUUCCUUCCUUUCUGGUGUUCUCCUCCACCAAGUUUUUGUCCUGUUGGGAUGCUCGUGCGCGCGCUUGCGCUCCGGAGUGCUCAGUAAAGGCGCGCCUCGUCGCUCGCGCACCAGCAAAUGGACUAGACUUUAUCAUCAUCAUUAUCAUCAUCAAUUUUUUUUAUCUCCCGGUCAUCCACAAUGGCUACACCCCAGCUUCUGCUUGCCGCCUGUGUCCUGGGAUCAGUGUGUGCUGUGGAGCUGGAUCCUGCUCUGCACGUGGACAUCCUGAAGGAGCUGAACGUCGGGAAAUCUUUGGCAGGAGUUUCCUCAGUGCAGGGGCUCCACACGGACACCACUGCAUUCCUCUUCAAAGGGACGAGGAGAAGUGUACGAGCCUCAGCAGGAGUUGCAGAGCGAAUUCUGCAGAAGCUCAGAGGCAGAGAGGAGAUCACCCUGCUGCUGACACUCAAACAAGAGAAAUUCAACUCGGGUGUGUUGCUCUCCAUCCAUCAUGGAGAACAAAGGUAUCUGGAGCUGGAGAGCAACGGUCAGCGCAGUGAAAUCCGCCUGCACUACUGGAUGGCAGAACAGCAGAACCGCACUGAGAUUUUCCCCUACAACCUGGCAGAUGCCCGCUGGCACAGAGUGGCACUGACGCUCAGCACUACUCAGCUGGUGCUCUACGUGGACUGCAGCAGAAUUUAUGAGAGGAUUGUAGAGACACCAUCACUGGACAUUCCUGCAGGAACAACUGUGUGGCUUGGCCAAAGAAAUAACGUCCAUGGAUUCUUUAAGGGUGUAAUGCAGGACGUUCAGUUGGUGUUGGUGUCUCAGGGAUACAUCUCACAGUGUCCUGACCUCAACCGCACAAGCUCCUCACUGAUCCACACUGAUGUUUCAGCAUGUCCAACCUGCAACGAUUUCCACGGGCUGGUACAGAAGAUCAUGGAGCUGCAGGAGAUCCUUGCUGAAACAUCUGGAAAGCUUGCUCGUGCAGAAGAACGAAUGAAGACUCUGGAUGGCUGUUACUGUGAGAAGACCUGUUCCCUAGACGGAGAGAUUUACAGAGACGAGGAUGUCUGGAUAGACGGCUGCAGGAACUGCACGUGUUUGAAUGGCAGUGUUGAGUGUGAGAGAAUCUUCUGUCCUGAACCUCAGUGUCCUCCAGAUACUGCACCAGCCUACAUUCCUGGAGCGUGCUGUAAAGAGUGUCAGCCUGUGUGUGUUCUCAGAGGGAGAGUGUAUGUGGAAGGGGAAAGGAAGAACGUACCUGACUCUACAGGAAACUGUCUGCUUUAUGAGUGCAGGGACCGUAAGAUGCGAAGACUUGAAAUCUCAAACUGUCCAGAGCUCAACUGCCCUGAAUCAGAACAGAUAACCCUCACAGACCGCUGCUGUAAAGUGUGUCAAGGACAUGAUUUCUGUGCGGACGGUUUCAGCAGUAGAUGUGUGGAGAACUCGGAGUGUGUGAAUUCGGAGGCAGGAGCCUGCUGCAGCUGCAGAGACGGAUACAGACCACUGCGGGAGGAUAGCGCAUACUGCCAAGAUAUCGAUGAGUGUGCAGAGGGAAAACACUACUGCAGGGAGAACACCGUGUGUGUGAACACACCAGGAUCCUUCAUGUGUGUGUGUAACAACGGCUACAUCCGGAUUGAUGAUUACUCCUGCACUGAGCAUAACGAGUGUGUGAGUGGCCUACACGACUGCGAUGAGAACGCACUUUGCUUUAAUACGGUUGGAGGACACAGCUGCACCUGCAAACCGGGGUACCUGGGUAACGGCACCAUCUGCAGAGCUCAGUGUGAUGGAUUGUGCCAUAACGGAGGCUCCUGUGUGGCUCCAGACACAUGCGUCUGCCAACAAGGUUUUACUGGGAAGAGAUGUGAAGCAGACAUUGACGAGUGUUUGAACGGUUUUGUGGAGUGUGACAGUCGAGCCACGUGUGUAAACCUUCCAGGCUGGUAUCACUGCGAAUGCCGUGAUGGUUACCAUGACAACGGGAUGUUUUUAGCGAACGGCGAGUCUUGUGAAGAUGUUGAUGAAUGUGAGACAGGGAGACACAGCUGUGCAAAUGACACAGUGUGCUUUAACAUGGACGGGGGUUAUGACUGCAGAUGUCCUCAUGGGAAAAACUGCACAGGAGACUGUUUUCAUGAUGGAAAGGUGAAGCACAACAGACAGAUUUGGGUGCUGGAUGAGGACAGGUGCUCUGUCUGCUCCUGCCAGUCAGGUUUGGUGAUGUGUAGACGGAUGGUGUGUGAUUGCGAGAACCCCACGGUGGACGUCUCCUGCUGUCCAGAGUGUGACCCACGUCUCAGCUCUCAGUGUCUCCUCUACAGCGGCCUUCUGACUUACAACAGCGGGGACACUUGGGUGGAGAAGUGCCAGCAGUGCCAGUGCAUACAUGGUGAGGUGGACUGCUGGCCGAUGCCCUGCGCUCCACUGAGUGAUUGUGAGUUUGUGGCAGUACCCGAGGGCGAGUGUUGCCCCCGGUGUAUUUCAGACCCCUGCCAGGCAGAUACGAUGUACAACGACAUCACCAAAACAUGUGUGGAUGAACACGGAGUCACACGCUUAAGUGGAUCUACCUGGAAUAAACAUGCCACAGAGUGCUCGCUCUGCCAGUGCAAGAAUGGACAUAUCUGUUGCUCUGUGGAUCCUCUGUGCCUCUAGUGCCAUUCAAAAAGCAGCUCUCCGUCUCACUGCCCUUUUCUCCUUUUCAAUUCACUUCUCUCUCUCUCUCUCUCUCUCUCUCUCUCUCUCUCUCUCUCUCUCUCUUCUAUCCUCUUCACAUUCUGUCACUCUACUUUUACCUUUACAAUUUUUUUACUGUCGACAUGUACUGCAGACAUCAUGACAUCAUGAACUCGGUGAAAAGCUCCAGCUGUCUAUCAGUGUUGAGCGACAGUGUGAACAGAUUCAGCUUUUUAUACUGAAAUCGAAUUCCUCUGACUGUAAGACGAGACCCUGAGAUUCCUGAUGCAUGGAGAAAAAGGCUUUAAGCGUUUAACAAACAGGAAUCCAGAAGUUCAUGCAUUUCACUGUAAAAGAACCACUUCAUCACUCCAUGAGCAUGACUCAAUAAAACAUUCCUCAUUCUGCAGUUUUGCUGAUUCGUCCAUUUUGACGAGAAGAUGAAAGACUUUCGGUGUGUUCACUUGCUUGAGUUUGUACUUUUUAUUGAAGCUGCAAGCUUCAUUUCGAUGUUUUAUGUUGUAUUUCUUUUUGUUGAGCUGAAGUUUGAUGAAUUCUGUGGCUUGGUAUUGUGUAAAAGUGAAAUAAAGAUUUCCACUGGAAGGAAAA